CUUUUGGUCGAAUCGGACGUAUCUAUCGUUUCUCUUGGUAGAAUCACUGUGCUACCUGUGGCUAUCGCGUGUGUUACCUGUAUCUGUAUUUUGGCUUUACAGUUACUAACAAGUUGUGUGCGCUUGAAUGCCAAAUUUAAUUGCCGCUCUUUGCAUGUUCGUCAGCAGUAAUUUUUAAACAUUUUCGAGAAGCGAGUAAAAAACUACUUUCGUUUUCCCCCCUAACUUUCCUUUUUUGUUUCUUACUCGUCGACUUGCCAUUGAAAAAAGUGUCAAAAGCCAGGUGCUAACAAACCGAAAAAGAGUUGAUAUAUUUACUACGGCAAAAAGUAUAUCUGGAAAAAAUUGUGAAACGCGUGUGAAUUUAUCAAUUUUUGGAUUAUGGCCAUUAUGGACACUGCCUGGCGUUGUCGCCUCAUGAUCUUCGGCAUCGUCUCCCUGCUUUUGGUGGGCGAUCUUUUUGGAUAUGGCGGCGGUAUGAAGUCCAACCACCCCAAUCCCCACGCGGUGCGCUCGGGGGGCGGUGCGGGGGCGGGUGGUGCCCCAACGGGUCCGGCGGCUGCAGCGGCCAGCAAGUUCCAGUCGAAGAAUGCCGAAAUCGAUAUAACUGAAGAGCACGAUUUCAAUGAGUUCUCGGCAGCGGCUCAAUCCCUGAAGCCGGGAAUGGCAGUGGUAACUGGGGCAAGUCUGAAGACCAAGUCCCAACUGACGGACACCAUCAAGGAGUCAUGUCUUCCGAAGAUGCUCUGCGAACUGGCCUCCAAACCGGACUACCAGCUCAGCGAAAAGGAGCGGGAACUGCUCAGACUGAUCAGAUCCCCCACCAUGCCCUGGAUGAUGAACAUGCCGCCGAGCAAAUGGUACUUUGCGGCCCACAUGGGCGAACUAAUGCGCCACACGGGCGACAAUCUCAGCGGACCGAUGGGAUGCGCCAAUCUCUGGCCCAACUGCCCGAUCAGCUCCAAGAAGCUAAUGAAGCUCAGCUACAAGGUGAGGGUCUAACCACUAGAUCCGCAUCCUAAGUAUUAGGUAUAGCCGCCUCGACUUUUGUACCAUACAUGUCUUCACCGUUGGAUUACCUUACCUUGUAAAUUAUCUUAAAUAUAGAUUAGACCUUAGUCCCGACAUGACUGAAGUGACUGUAGAACCGUAAACACUUGUAUCCGUAUAUUCUGGCUACGAGUCCUAGGUAGUUUGUAACAAUUACUUAAGUGUGACUAGUCACGACCCGAUUUAGCAUUACGCCUAGUCUAAGUUCGAUGCUCCUGUAAUUGUUAAUAAAUUACACGUUUUUGUGCAUCCACCCUAA